UUGUCGACGACAGAACAUUUGAAGCUGCACGGAAGAAAAAACACAUUUUUUUAUUAUUAUUUUUUUUUUGCAUUUACCGUGCCGGUAAAGAGAUUAAAAUGGGGGUACCACGACUUUUCAAGUACCUUACCGAGCGAUAUCCAAGCCUGCAAAAAACGAUCGAAGCAAAUCAGCUACCAAGCUACGAUUACGUCUACAUCGAUUUGAAUUUUUUGCUGCACAAAGCGGUCACCGAAAAUGGUUUAUUGCCUUUGGAACGGGCUGAUGAUGAAUUUUUGCUUGAAUCGCGUAUUUUUGAACGGGUUUUACGUCAAAUUGAAACCCUUCAUCGCAUUGUACCGUCAAAGGUACUGUUUUUGGCCAUUGACGGCGUUGCACCACGUGCCAAAUGGAUGACGCAAAGAAAUCGACGAAUGCUUGCAUUCGAGAAGAAUGGCGUGCCAGCGGGAAAAUUUGACACAAAUUCCAUAUCACCCGGUACAAUUUUUAUGCGUAAUUUCGAAAAUGUAUUGCUUGAAUUCAUUGCUGACAAAAUUAAAUUGCACAAAAAUUGGAAAAAUUGCGAAGUUCGUGUUAGCGGAUCGAACGUACCGGGUGAAGGUUCGAUUAAGAUCAUUGAUUUCAUCCGUAAUUUGAAACAUUUCAAUGACUACGUGCCGAACCAAACUCAUUGCAUUUACAGCGGUGACAAUGACUAUCUUUUGCUUGGUGUUGCAACACAUGAACUAUAUAUUUCGUUCAUUCAAGAGCCAAAAAAGCCAACUGGAACACUGACUUCACUCUGUUCGGACGAUGUAAAACACAAGUUUUCGAUGAUACACUUUGAAUUGUUGCGUCAAUACUUGAGAAUGGAGUUCAUCGGUUGCGAGUCAACAAUUUCAUUUGAAUUCAGCAUGGAUCGUAUUGUUGACGAUUGGGUGAUGCUAAUGACGCUCUUCGGCAAUGAUUAUCUUCCCGGUUUGCCGAAAUUUGAUUUGAACGCAGACAUUUUGUCUACUAUUUAUGAUGCAUACAAGGAAGUUUUGAAUACGUCAAAUGGCUACAUGACGGAUUGUGGUAUAUUGAAUGUGCGUCGUUUCACACGACUUUUGUACAAUCUCAAGCCAAAAGAUUUUGAUUUGUAUUGCGAUAGCAUUAAUCGUUCGUAUGAGAAAUUGAUCAGUGAUAAAAUGGAUACCGCACUCAAUUUGAAUCGUGGAUCAGACUCAGCGAACGAUUCAAAGAUACAAAUUAGUUUUAGCGAUUUUCUGGAUAUGAAAUACGAUUACUAUGCCCAACACUUUGGUCAUACCGAUCUGCCGGACUUUGAAAGCAUGUCAACGAGCUACGCAAAAACAAUACAAUGGAUUCUAUUUUAUUAUUUUCGCGGAACACACUCAUGGUAUCAUUAUUAUCCUUACAACUGUGCACCGUUCGUAAGCGAUUUCACUCCGUUGCACAAAACAUCAUACACAUUUAACGUGGAUAAACCGGUGAACACAUUCACACAUCUCUUGGCCAUUUUGCCCAAAGGUAGUUCGCAUCUAUUGCCCACAAGCUAUCAAUCGUUGAUCGUUGAUGAUCCAUAUUUUAAUAUGGAUGAAUUGUUGCUGAAAUGUAAAAUAAUUGAAGAACAUUUGAAUGCAACAGAUGAAAGUCGAAACAAAGUGAAGCCAAUGCUCAAGCUUCAAUACGUUGAAACCGAUGACGGUCUGAAUUGUGUAAAGACUACUGAAAUUUUAUCGGACCAGAAAUUUGGUCGUGUGAGCAACGAGAAAUAUCUUGAUCGUCCAUUGAAAAGUAUUGACUUCAAUUUCAAAUUUUCUGCACUGAAUCAUCACCAUUUCAAUGGCCGCUUAAUUCCAAGCAAUCCAAUUACACCCACUCCACGAAUGGUACUUACAUUGGAAUUUGAAGAACAAAAUGAUCUCGAUGCGGUGGCGGAAAAGUACUUAAAACAAAUUGUAUGCGUUGAUUGGCCCCAUUUCACAGAAGCAAAGAUCAUGCAAAUAUUCAAUGCACAAAAAAAGUUCGAUUGUUCAGGCGAUGAGAUAAAAAUUUCGGAAAAUCCAGAUGAAUUCGACACCUGUGUGGAAACAUUGAAUGCACGGUAUACUGCAGCUGGCAUCGAUAUUGGAGAAAUAAAAAUGAUUGCAUUCACGGCACCAUUAAAAUGGUGCGAAUACAAAGCCGCUGAUGAUAAAUCAAUAAAAUUCGAUUUAAUAAAACAUUGGGACAAUGACAAAUGGCAACCAUGUGCUAUCCAAGCAAUAACGAAACAUGUUAUGGUUGAUCAAAUGCCACACGAGUAUCUUGUCAAAGAUGCACUGCAGGAUAAGAAAGUGUUUUUAUUCGGCGGCAAAUCACACUAUGGCCAAAUGGCCACAAUUGCAAGUGACAACGCACUCGAGACAACUGGUCGAAUUAAUAUUUUGGCUUAUAAGCAUGAAGAGCCAAACUUUGAAAAGGCAAUGGUUUCACAUCGCAACGCUAAAGCUGACGAGAUAAAUGAAUUUAAGCAACUCUCAAGUGCAGCAGCACUAGUUGGUGUAAAUGAAAAAGUAUUUGCCAAAAUUACCGGUACCACUUUGGUGAACAACGAAAACUGUGUCUCUGGUCGAAAAAUCAACAUUGGAUUACAGUUGAAAAAUCGCAAUCCAUUUCAAAUGAGCAUAUCACUUUUGCAUGACUAUGUGAAAAAUGUUGGCAGCAAAUUCAUUUAUUCGCAAAAAUCAAUUGAUUUGGUUCAACAAUACAUGGACAAGUUUCCACGUGUAUUCGAAAUAUUGAGUAAAUCGGAUGCGGCUGCAAUUUCGAUUUCGGAAUUUGAAGAAAACAACAACGAUGGUCUGGAAUAUGUAAAUGAAAUUCGUGCAUGGCUUCAAACAUUGCCACACACCAAAGAAAGACUAAAACCAGUCGAUCUAAUGCGUCUGUCAGAUGAUGCCAUCAGAGAAGUGCAAAAGGCGGUCAUGGAAACUUACGAAAACGAUGCAAAGCUUCUUAAGCUCAUGAUAAAGUGGCAAAAUCUUUACAUUCCUGAUAUGAAUAAUGUGUGCGUUGUUCCGUGUCCGAGCGCAAUGUAUAAGCUCUUAGAUCGUAUUGUUAUUGUACGCAGUGGAUAUCCGUUUGAAAUUGGUGCAAAGGGUACCGUCAUCGGAAUCGAGCCCAUGCGUGGCCAUAUUCCAGGCCAAGAUAUUACCGAUCAAGAACUGUUUGCAUUGGAAAUUUUGAUGGAUAAUCCAUAUUCAAUUAAAUCAAAAACUCACGAAUUCAAGCAUCAUCAAAUCUUUCGUACGCGAUCCACAAAUAUGUUGAUCAACAUUUCACACGGACGUGACGAUUAAAAUCGAAUUAUUUUUAUACAUUUUUUCAUAAUCAUUGACAUACACUGAACAAUUUCAUUUUAGACUCGAUUUUUUUUGCUGAACAAAAAAAAGAACAUAAAUUGCCGCGGUCGCUCACUCGUAUUUAAAAAAAACAAAACCAUAUUUCGAAUGGUUAGACACAAUAAUCUAUAUCUGUUAAAAACACAUAGUUUCAAUCAUAAAGAUUUCCAUUUAUUUGAACAAUA